CCCGUAAGACGCGAGGUCAAGCCACGCGUCACGCACGGAUUGGCUGGUCGUUUCCGCGUUGACGUUGUGGAAAGACGGGAUCUCGUGUGAUUCCAUUCAUUUCUUUCCUCUCUCAAAAAAGCUAGGGUUUCAUCCCUGCGGCGAUCUUCGGUGCGACGGCGAAUUCCGUAGCUUUUGGCCAUCAAAUCGACGACGGUCUCUGUUCUCGACGCUGUAAGGUGAAUAUAUAGUUGAUUAAAUAUGGAUUAGAGUUGAUUUGGGGGUUUUUUCGAAUUGCGAAUUGUGUGAUUCAAAAUCGAUUUGGGGUUUUUUUUCUUAGGGUUCUUAAUCGAUAAGGGAGUUCGAUUGAGAGUUCGUUUAAUCAUAUUCCAUCAUUAUUAUGUGCUAAUACUAUCGAUUUGUGGCACAGAUGGAUCCGGGUGAAGAGAAAAGAAAUUCAAAGAGGCAAAUCGAUAACAACAACAUGUUAGGGUUCGUGGCCGAUUCAGAGUACGGGAUUCCAAGAAAGUGUCCAUGUGGUGGGAGAAUUAUUGAUGAGGUUAGACGGAAGGACGAGUACGACACAAAUCCGGGGAAGCGGUUCUUCACCUGCAUACACCACGAGGUUAUCUUUUUUCCGGUUUGAUUAUCGUUUAUGGGUUUCAUCAAGUACAAGUAUCUGAUAUUUUUUAAUGUUGUAACCAAGGCUGAUGGGUUCCAUUAUCGUCAGCCUUGGGUGAUAGGUGUGCAGGAGGAGAUCGAGAGGUUGACUAAGCGGGUGGUGGAGGCUGAAGACGUCAUGAGGGGGAUGUGGAAAGUCACUAAACAGAUUGAGACUCUGGAGGAACAGGUACAAAUCCUCUCUGGACAGGUGGCUGACCUGGAGAAGGUUUGCUUCGAAUGAAAAGCAAAGGUAAGAGUCGACAUAACUGUAGAGGUUGUUUGCAAUUGCUUGUUUGAAAAACUUGAUUGCUUUAUGUCUGUUCGAAAUUGUUAAUGUAUAUUUAAAAGUAGAACUAGAAGUAGAAUUUUAAAAAACGAAGCUCAUUUGUUUAACCGUGGAAAAAACCAACUUGAACACACAAAUAUAUUAACACGUAACCAAACCUUAAACUACAACGAUAACUAGAUGUCUAAGUAGAACUUAAAAGUAGGUAUCAUUAAUUAUAUUCUGGUUGUUGGUUGCUGUUAUGAAUGUUCGAUAGUACUAAGCUGUAGUUAAUUUUGGUGAGUGAUUUGAUGUGUAGUUACUGCUUGUAACAACUUCUAAUGGCUUUUGUAAUGAAUGUUUGGUAGGUAGAGUUUGUUUAAUUGUUCACAAACUAGUUUAUAAACAUAGCAAAUCCGCCACUCCAAACACAGAAACAUAUAAACAACAAACCCAACCUAAACCACAAUGGACCCUUUCUCCUUUAAUCCUCCCGGGUUUGUUAACCUUUUAGCUUCGCAGAGGAGUCUACCAAUAGACGUUGACUCUGCUGAGGCAGCUGCUAUCUCUCCCGGGAUAGUGAAACCAGUGGAAAGGAGAAAGUGGGUACGCAAAGAAGACCUCGUGCUCAUCAGCGCUUGGUUGAACACGAGCAAAGAUCCGAUAGUCAGUAAUGAGCAGAAGGCAGGAGCGUUUUGGAAGAGAAUUGAAGAGUACUUCAACUCAAGCCCUCAGCUCAUUGGCGCCGUUCCUAGAGAAUGGAGUCAAUGUAAGCAGAGGUGGGGAAGGGUAAAUGAGCAGGUGUGCAAGUUUGUGGGAUGCCACGAAGCGGCUUUGAAGGAGCAAGCCAGUGGCCAAAAUGAGAAUGAUGUCAUGAAGGCUGCCCAUGACAUCUUCUUAAAUGACUAUGGUGCCAAGUUCGUACUUGAGCAUUGCUGGAGGGAGCUCAGGUUUGAUCAGAAAUGGCGAUCUUUCUCCUGCUCCAAAGAUGGUGGGAAGGAGAAACGGAAGGAAGCAUGUCCGGAGGUGGUGGCUGACGAUGCGGAGGUUAGGCCUCCGGGUGUUAAAGCGGCGAAACGCAAGAAGCACGGGAAUGAACACGCUUAUGAUCAAGUUCAGAGUAUGCUAGCUAUGAAAAAUAGCAUUUCCAAACAGAAAAUACUUGAGCGUCUCCUUGGCAAGAAUGAAGACACACUUUCUGAUGCAGAAGUGUGUCUUAAGAAAAAACUAAUCUCGGAAAUGAUAUGAUUUGGUGAGUGCCUUGAAUUUGCUUGAAUAUUAGAGGUCUAGAUUCUGUUUAGGUUGAUUGGCUUAGGUUGUGAAUAUGUUCUAUAUCUUUAAUCUCUUUUCUUUACUUGAUUGAAUAAUUGGGCUUGUUAACAUGUUAAGCUUUAUUGAAUAUCUUUUAGUGUACUUGCUUGAAUCUGUUUGCUUUUCUUUUGCAGGACAGGGAGUGCAGGUGACGGUUUGGAGGUCACGGGUGUUGGAGCUCACGGGUGUUGGAUGUUUGCUGGCUGUUUGUUUCACGGGUAGUUUGACUUUAGUCACGGGAAAGUGUACCAUUUUGUUUCUGGGUACACAUAAUAUGUAAUAUGUUCUGAACUUGUAUCACGGAUGCUCUUAUCUCAUUUUCUAAACUCUCUAUAUAAUGUCGAUGUAUGAACUCUCUUUCUAUGCACCUCUCUAAGAAUAGCUUUCUAUGCACCUGGCUUUCUAUGCACCUCUCUAUUUAUGUAUCUAAAAAGAUAAACCUCUUCUCUUCUCCUCUAUCACUCAGUCAAACGAUGAAGCCAUCUCCAUCUCAGUAAAGACGCGCUCCAUCUCCAUCUCAGUAAAGACGCUCUCCAUCUCAGUCAAACUGCCAUACGGGCAACUCAAACACACAAACAAGGUAAUGCCAAAAAAUAUAUGAUUAUGAAAAA